GCAUGUGGGACGGGUCUCCCUCCCAAGGAGGGGACCGAAGCCACUCAAAGGACCCUCUUCCAGGUUUAGAUUAGCCUUAUCCAUAGCUCCUAUAGCAACGUUUACCCCCAAUUUCAGCCGAAGACUCAGGGGCCCCAGGGACUGGAAGAGAUCACAUUGCCUGCUUGGAAAGAAGAGGUAGCGACUUCCCCAGCCCAACCCCAGAGCGGGAGCUCUUGGCUAGAGGAAGUGGAGGGGCCGUGGGAUGUGGAGAGCCGAAGGCUAACUCCAGGACAGCAGAACAGAGGGAGCUGCCAGCGAAAAGACGGUAGACAAGCCCACAGCCUUCCAGAAUGACCAGUGCUGCCCCUGCUAAGAAACCUUACCGUAAGGCACCUCCAGAGCAUCGAGAGCUGCGCCUGGAAAUCCCUGUGUCCCAGCUUGAGCAAGAGGAGCCCCUGACUGACGCAGAGAGGAUGAAGCUUUUGCAGCAGGAGAAUGAAGAACUUCGCCGACGCCUGGCCUCGGCCACCAGACGCACUGAGGCCUUGGAGCGGGAGCUGGAAAUAGGGCAAGACUGCCUGGAACUGGAGUUAGGCCAGAGCCGAGAGGAGCUGGAGAAAUUCAAGGACAAAUUCCGCAGGCUGCAGAACAGCUACACAGCUUCCCAGCGGGCCAACCAGGAGCUGGAGGACAAGCUGCACACACUGGCCUCUCUUAGCCACAGCUGGAUUUUUGCAAUCAAGAAGGCGGAGAUGGACAGGAAGACGCUGGACUGGGAGAUUGUGGAGCUGACCAACAAGCUACUGGAUGCAAAGAACACCAUCAAUAAGCUGGAAGAGCUCAAUGAACGGUACCGGCUGGACUGCAACUUGGCCGUGCAGCUCCUCAAAUGCAACAAGUCCCACUUCCGGAACCAUAAAUUUGCUGAUCUACCCUGUGAGCUACAGGACAUGGUUCGGAAACAUCUGCGGAAUGGUCAAGAGGCUGCCAGCCCAAGCCCUUCUUCCAGCCCAGCCCCAGGGGCUGUGGUGCCUACCUCAGUCAUUGCCCGGGUGUUGGAGAAGCCCGAGUCUCUCCUGCUUAACUCAGCCCAGUCAGGCAGUGCUGGGCGGCCCUUGGCUGAGGAUGUAUUCGUGCACGUGGACAUGAGUGGAGAUGCUCCAGGUGACUCAGCCAGCUCCCCCGCCCCUGGCAGUCCCUCUCCACAACCCAAUGGGGAAUGCUGCUCAGUGAGUACUACAGGGGGCUCCCCAGAGGAGGAGCUGCCCCUGCCAGCCAUUGAGAAGUUGAGUCCCUACCCUACCCCAUCUCCACCACACCCAUUGUACCCUGGUAGGAAAGUGAUAGAGUUCUCUGAGGACAAGAUUCGAAUUCCUCGAAACAGCCCCCUACCCAACUGUACUUACGCCACCAGACAGGCCAUCUCCUUGAGCCUGGUGGACGAAGGAAGUGAGCGAGUCCACCGCAGCUCAGUGCCUAGCAACCCUGCCUCAGCCCAAGGCUCACCCCAUCACCAGCUUAGUCCAGCUCCCUCAGCAUUGAGUGCCCCAGCUAGCUCUGCCAGCUCUGAGGAGGACCUGCUGGCCAGUUGGCAGCGUGCAUUUGUGGACCGCACCCCGCCACCUGCUGCUGUGGUCCAGCGCACAGCCUUUGGACGAGAUGCCCUCCCUGAGCUGCAGCUGCACUUCUCCCCGAGCCUCUCUGAAGCGCCGUCACCUUCCCCACACUGUGAGAGUGGACGUUUGCUGCCAACAGAGCUUGACUCUGGCUUUUCCCAUGAAGAGGAAGAGGAAAUGCUGAACCUGCCUGUCAGCCCUGAGGAAGAGCGCCAGAGCCUGCUGCCUGAUAAAGAGGGCCCAGCGGAAGGACCUAGCCCUUCCCACACUGAUGGCAGGGCAUGGCCACCCCCCAGUUCCAGCCGCCCCCAGCGCAGUCCCAAGAGAAUGGGAGUACACCACCUGCACCGCAAGGACAGCCUAACACAGGCCCAGGAGCAGGGCACCCUGCUCAGCUAGGCCUGCUUGCCUUCCUGCCACCUCUCAGUGCUGUGGACGGCGCCCGAACUCUUCCCUCAGGCUUGGGCAGCUCCUUCCCUAGGUGAAUGGGGCCCGCACCAAAUCUUGCAGCUACACUGGCACUGACUGGGUUUUUGUUGUUGUUGUUGUUUUCUUUUUGUUUUUUGUUUCUGUGUUUGUUUU